UUCCCCCGAUUCCCCCGAAGCAAUGGCCACGUCUCAGGGCUAUGGCUUCCACAUCGUCUCGCAGACACGAUGCUGCAGGCGAUGGACGUUCUCGCCGGGAAACAACCAUCCUCCGCCGUCUCCACGGAUCACAUUGGUGAAAUGGACGCCGCCUCGUCCGGGAUGGGCAAAGCUGAACUUCGACGGAUCGGUGUUCCACGACGGCAGCGGACGAGCGAGCAUCGGCGGCGCCAUCCGCGACGGCAACGGGCGCGUGCUCCUGGCCUUCGCCGAGCGGACGGCUCAUGCUCCCGUCGGCGUCGUCGAGGGCAGGGCGCUGAUCCGCGGGCUGCAACUCGCGCUGGACUUGGGAUGUCGCCGGCUGCUCGUCGAGGGCGACGACCUGACGCUGGUGCGGCUGCUGCGGUGCGAGUCCGCCCAGACGCGCAUCUCGCCGGAGAUGCUGGACAGGAUCAUCUGGCUCCUUGAUUCCUUCGACGUGUGCGAGGUACAGCACGUCUACCGGGAAGGCAACGCCGUGGCGGACGCGCUGUGCCACGAGGCGUACAAGACGGCCGAGGGCAGGGUCUGGACGGACAGGGUGGUGCCCUUCAAAGUGUGGGAGAAGCUCGAGGACGAUCGCCGCGGCGUCGUGCACGAGCGAGUCGGCAAGUGAUCGAGUUUCAGAUCAACCAGCGUCAAGAAUUCGGCGGAUGAACAGCACAAGAAAUUGAUCGGCGGCCAAGAACUGAGAUAAAGACCAGAACCAGAUCAAUCAUCCGCUCCCUGUGGAUCGCGGCGUCAAAUCAAGAAGCGGCUGGCCGGCGGCACAAGAGGAGACGAAGCAGCUGCAACUCACAGGUCCGCUGGCCGCGCCAACGUCAAAUCAAGAAGCGGCACACAUGCAAGAGGCGGGAGCAAUUCACAGGUCGGCUGAUCACCCUGCUAGACCACGUCCACCUUGAUUUCUACUAGUAGAAUAGAAAGACUAGAAGAUUGUACUGAAGAUCCGAUCGAUGUCGAUCGAAGACAUGUAAACUUUUGUCGGGUGAAGAAAAUAUGUAAUCUCUUGUAUAUUCAGGUGGAAUUUGUGCUAUAA